GCUGCGUGCGCGCUCGGUCGAGCCAUAUUGAGCGGCAGCCAGCGGCAGUUGCAGCACCAGCGCGCGUCCAAGCGGAAACGGAAGUGCAACACAUACAAAAAAAAAAAAAAAAAAAAAAAAAAAAAAAAACACCAAACGAAAAAUAAGUGUACAAACUGUUGCUGCAGACAAUUAGCGAACAAAAAGUGAAGUUCAGAAGUGAAAAAAUUGCAGGAAAUUUUCGCGCAUCGUAAAUCAAAAUAAUGCAGCAUCAGCAGCUGGAGCAUUAAACCUACUCGACCGUCCGCCCAGUCCCCGGACCCCGCCAGUAUUUGGUAAACAUGGCACAGCAGCAGCACAGCUGGGAUGGCGGCGAUGCGUCCUCCAACUAUGGCACACACGGACACCCACACACACAGACAAACGCCCACGGCCACGCCCACGCGCACGGCCAUGGCGGGCACAAGACGCCAGCGCGUGCUGCGAGCAAUCCGCUGCCCUACAAAGGCGCCACGCCCAAGUCGCCCAGAAGCUACUACGCGGCGCCGCCCUCCGUCUAUGCCACGCCCACGCAGUCGAGCAGCAGCUACGGCUAUGGCAACUACGAUCAGCCGCCGCGCAGUCCGAAAAUAACGACGACCUAUGCCAACGACAGCUGCGACGAGGCCAGCAGCUCGACGCCCUCGUCCUACUAUCAGACGCCCCCGUCGGGCUCCGUUGACGACUCCGUCUCGCUGCUGACCCACAGUCCGAAGUCGCCGUGCAAAUUCGUCUUCGACGCAGUCAGCCCAGCUGGCGGCAUGGAUCAAGCAGCGCUGGGCAAGAAAUUCGAGUACUAUGAGCCCAUCUCCCCGGACGACGGCUCGCUCUACUAUGAGCCACCCAGCUCUCCCAGGCGCCAGGGCUCCAAGAAGCUCAUUCGUGGCCACGCGACGCAGCUGGAGCAGGUGCCGCAGCUAACCACAACCGGUGUGGCCGGCAAGCGACGGCGGGACGAGUGGGAGCUGCCCAUCAUAACGAAGGUCGAUGCGCGAUCCCUGAGUGCAGCAGCAGCUGCAGCAGCAGGAGGCGGAGGGAGUGGAGGCGGAACAGGAACUGGAUCAUCUGGCGGUUAUUCCACACCCGGAUACUAUGGCCUAAAGCGUGACUCCUGCGUCACCGAGUGCACUCAGCUGUCCAACGAGUCGGGUGAGACGGCGACCCAGCACACGACCACCACCACCACGAGCUUCAGCUACACGGACACGGAGGGUCAGCCACAAGAGCAGCCGCAGCAGCAGCAGCAGCAGCGCCGCCAGCGUCGGCAUGCCAUCAACAUCACCUCGAAUCCGGGCUACCAGGUGCUCCACAGCUCCCACUCCACCUUGGAUCGCACCUGCUCGGACAGCGUUGUGUCGCUGCGCUAUCGCAAGUCGACCAGCGACUUGACCCAGGAUGCCGAGCACGAGCUGAGCGGCUGCAAGCCAUCCAAGCCCAAGCGAGAUACCGUCGAGUACAAGCCAAGACGCCGUGGCAGCUCCAAGGGUGGCCUGGCCUACCUGGCCAGUCGUCGCAGCUCGCGCGAGUCCAUGAAGAGCGCCUGCUCGAAUGCUUCCAUAUUCUCCAACGACGACAUCGGUCCGUUGGCCUUCCAGAGCUCCAAUCGUGGGCGACAGCGACGCACGUCCAACUUUUUGGAGCUACCAGUUCCGGAUCAUGUACGCCCACGCGUCUGUUCGUUGCCCGAGCGUCCGUACAAUCCACGGGCCAGUGACGAUCUCUAUCGGCUGCGCCACUUCUCUAUCAGCAAAGGCAACGUGGUGAACUGUGGGGAUUCGAUCAUAUCGCGACGAUCGCGCAGCAACACAAGCGUCAAUUCGACGAAUAGUCGCGCCAGUGAACGAUCACCCUUCGAGGGCAGCUGCUGUGGUGCGGGCUAUGCGAAUGUGGACUCGCUGCCCGCCUCGCCCGAUGAUUCGGAGAGCAUGGAUCCGCCGCCCCCGGCUCGAUAUCGGGUCGUAAUGCUGGGCGAUGCGGGCGUGGGCAAAACGGCGUUGGUCAAUCAGUUCAUGACAUCGGAGUACAUGCACACGUACGAUGCAAGUCUGGUUUUAGACGAUGAGUUCGGCGAGAAGACGGUCAGCGUCCUGCUCGAUGACGAGGAGUCCGACAUGGUCUUCAUCGACCAUCCCAGCGUUGAGAUGAGCGUCGAGAACUCCCUAUCCACCUACGAGCCGCACGGCUGUGUCGUGGUCUUCUCUGUGGUGGACAAAGGCUCGUUCCGCAUCGCCGAGGAGAUUAUCAACUAUCUGUGGCAAGAGAAUUACACCAAGGACAAGGCAGUCAUACUUGUGGGCAAUAAAGCGGACUUGGCGCGCGCAAGGCUUAUCACGUCACAGGAGGGCAAAACGCUGGCUGCCUCACGCGAUGCCAAAUUUAUUGAGACCUCCAGCGGCAUACAACACAAUGUCGAUGAGCUGCUCGUCGGGAUACUGAAACAGAUGCGGCUCAAGGAGACGCGCGAGAAGAAGGCUACCUCAUCGAAGAUGAAGACCUCACGCACUCACAUCUCGCUGCAUCUGGCCAAGGAAAUACUGCAAAAAAUUUGCCUUAGCGAUAUUUCCAAGUCGAAAAGCUGUGAAAAUCUUCACGUGCUGUAAACAAUGCAAAAAAAUGGAGCAAGCAAAACAAAGCAAAAAUUCCCCCAAAGCAAACAUAGCAGAAAUCAAUAGCCAAAAGAGAAUGGAGAAAAAAAAUACAAGUAAAAAAAAAAAAAAAAAAACAAAACAGAGCUAAACAAAGAUUAUUUUGCUAGCAUUUUAAAGCCAUAUAAAAUCCAUAUAUAAAACAUAAAUAUAUAUACAUAUAUAUAUUCAUAUAUUUAUAUAUUAUAUAGCCAAUGCUCAGCUUGCAUUAAAACUGUUUUGAUGUUCUCUUUUUAAAGGCAUUUUUACGAGUAUUAUAAACAUAUACAAAUUAUUAUGGAUGUUGAGUCGAAAAAAUUCCAAAUUUCAAAAGGGAAAGAGGAAAAAAAAAAAACAAAAACAAAUUAUAUAAGAUAUGUUACAGCCAAUUUGUGUGCGCUAUGGACCUAUUUAGUAUAUGUAUGUAUAUGUGAGGACGGUUUCUCAUAUCGGCUAAGAGCAGGUGCCGAGCCUCAAAUUGUUCACAAAUUUGCGUCUUUCACAAAGCCAUUUGGGCUCGUUACUCAAGCUCUUGCCAAAGUUAACAACUGCCUUUAGCAGGUGCUGCAAUAGAUUGCGUCUGCUUAUUUUCUUAUUAACUGUGGAUUGAGCAAACAGGCGAAUUUAGCUUUCUAAACUUUGUGUUAAUAACAUCGCAAUGCUACGAACGGGCAUUAGGUGAAUAAGCCCAAAGCCGAACAACUGGCAUUAGCUAUGACAGUAGAAAAUGGAAAAGUGAGGACAUCAUUUUCAAAAUAUUUACUCAAACUUUUGUUAGCUUGUGUAUUAAAUAAAGAGACUCGUCUAAGUGCUGAAAAGCUAUUCCUUAAUAAGCUAGAACUUUGACCGUAAUAUAUGAAAUAUGUCUGUCAUAGAUUGUUUUCGCAUAUGAUUCAAUUUGAUAGAAGAAGCAGAUAAGCUAAAAUGUGAGAUGUCAGUUGGAGCUAGUAAUGGCACGAUCAUAUGAUACACAAAAAUCGAUUAUUUUAUCGAUUUAAUUGUAUGGAAAUUUGCGAUUUAUUGAAUAAUACCACUGACCUGUUCUCUGGUCAGUGAUAAUACAUAGAUUAUUCCAAAAAUCAAUCGAGUCGGUCUCUAGAGUAUUUUCAUUAUGAGCAGAGCGCCCUUGAUGACUCGAUUAUUUUUCGUCGAUUAAUUGAAAUUAAUAAUCGCGUAACUUUAAUUAAUUAUAUUAUUUCAUUCAUUCGAUUCAAAAAUGUUAUUCUUCCAUCUCUAGUUGGAGCUCAAUAUUGAAACUGAAAUCAACUUAGCUUAGAUAUACAGCUUUUAGCAGAAAUUAACUAGAAAGUCUCUACUAAAUUUAUAUAUCCAAUAGAAAAUGUUGGUCUCAACUCUAUCAAUAUGAAUUUCAAAUGAAGCAUUCGAAAUUUUACUAUCUGAAUGUUUAGGAUAACUUCUAAUCUACUUAAACUCAAGCUGACAUUGGUGAAUGUACAAAGGACGAACUAAGUGAAUUUAAAAUAAACCUCAAGCCUCGCUUUGCUAGCGACCUGGCUCAAGGUAUAAAAUAAAACCAGCUCAAGUUUUGGUUAGAUAAAAUUAAUUAUAAAAGAGAUAAAACUGAGAGCAGCCACAAUUUAUUAUCAACUUACAUGAACGUAGACUUGGCGAAUGGUAAAUUUAAGGCAAGGCUGGCUUCGGGCAAUAUGGGCGUUGACAGCAACAUCUCCCCGGAAUCCACAUAGAUUAGGCAAGGCGAACUUGAGGCUAAUUUAAAUUGUGGAACAUCGACUACGUGCCCACCUCUUAUAAGCUUGCUAGAGACGCAUUGCUCACAUGUGCUCAAGUCGUUGGCGUUUUGGGCCGCGCGGUCAGGCCCCCGACUCGAGUUGCGAUUGUGGCAUUUUGUUUAUGGCGGAUGUUUUGAUUGGAUUGCCUGCUAGACCCAGACAGCAGCGAGGCAGCGCGGCAGCAUUUAUCACCAGUUCGGGCGUCUGGCCUUGGCAUAGCCCAAAAGCAAACCUAAUUUUUGUUUUUGUUUUUUUUUUUUUUUUUUUUUUUGGGCUGAUAACAGCGUUAAGCAGACGCGUGGCAGUUGGAAUUAGCUGAGAGAUAGGCUCACACAUACAUACACAAAUAGCAUUAUAUUUCUAUGUGUUCCAAAAACAAAUUUAAAUUCAAUUCAACAAUGUACUGUCAAUUUUUUUCCAAAAAAUAUGAAGGCAUAUGCUUAAAGUAUAUAAUCCAGCAGAACUAACAUUAACAUAUUAAAGUAUUUAAAUAGA